UGUUUUCGAGUCCAUGGGGGCGGAUUAUCUACCCAACCUGAUUUUGCGUGUUGCCAUCCCUACGCGAUAGUGGGAUCUGCGUCAGGCCGGAAAAUGACGUACCUGCACUCAGGUCAUACUUUAGUCGCAAAAGCCCACUCCUGUCUCGAUCCUUCGCCGUGCAGCGGCCGGCGGCCGCCUAGCACGAGUCGAAGAGAAGACUUAACGACAAUGUCGUCAACGCAACGGCAAUUGAAAGAGUCAGGCACCAUCUGGCAUCUGCGUCGUGCUAUAAGUAGUAGCUGCUGACUGCUGUUACAUUCCAAGCUCCAAAGCAACGGCCGGGCAUGGCGAUCACUCCACAGACCAUGGUCCUCCUCUCCCUGCUGCUGUCCUUGUCGUCCCUGCCCAUUGCCCUGGCGCUCGCGGAAGCGGGAGCCGAGAGCGAGGACACCGCGGCUCUGCUCGCCUUCAAGGCCGCGGCCGUCGGCAGCAGCAGCGGCACUAGUGGCGCCGUGCUCGCGUCGUGGAACGGCAGCGGCGCCGGCCCGUGCACCUGGGAUGGCGUCAAGUGCAGCCGCAUCGGACGUGUGGUGGCGCUGAGGCUGCGCUCCCUCGGGCUCUCCGGGACGCUCUCGCCGGCCGUCGGCAACCUGUCGUCGCUGCGGGAGCUCGAUCUGAGCUCCAACUGGCUGCGCGGCGAGAUCCCCGCGAGCCUCGGCCGCCUGCGCCGCCUCCGGACGCUCGACCUCAGUGUCAACACCUUGUCCGGCGCGGUCCCCGGCAACCUCACCGCCUGCACCAGCCUGAGGUACCUAAACCUCGGCAGCAACAGGCUCAGCGGGCACGUACCGGCGGGGCUCGGCGGCGCGCUGGCGCGGCUCGAGGUGCUCUGGCUCACCAACAACAGCGUCACGGGGGCCCUCCCAGCGUCGCUGGCCAACCUGACGUCGCUGCGCCAGCUCGGCCUUGGGCUCAACGCCUUGGACGGCCCGAUACCUCCGGAGCUCGGCCGCAACAUGGCGCGCCUCGAGUACGUCGACCUCUGCCACAACCACCUGCGCGGCGAGAUCCCGGCGCCGCUGUACAACGUGUCGUCGCUGGCGAGCCUCGACGUGGGGCAGAACGCGCUGCACGGAGGCAUCCCUGCCGGGAUCCACGUGCAGCUCCCUCGGCUGCGGUAUCUGGCCUUGUUCGAGAACCAUUUCAGCGGGGCGAUCCCUCCCACCAUCUCCAACCUCACCCAGCUCGUAGAGCUCGAGCUGUCAGAGAACCGGUUCAGCGGCCUCGUGCCUCGCGAUCUUGGGAGGCUGCAGGAUCUGUGGAAACUGCUGCUGGACGACAACAUGCUCGAAGCGGGGGACAAAAUGGAGGGGUGGGAAUUCAUGGAGUCGUUGGCCAACUGCAGCAAGCUAAAUCUUUUCGGUCUGGGUGGCAACGAUUUCACCGGAGAUCUUCCUGCUUCGGUUGCUAAGCUCUCGACAACACUUGAGUGGCUUUACCUAGAAAACCUUGCGAUCUCCGGGAGCAUCCCCUCGGAGAUCGGAAACCUGGUCGGCCUGAAAGUACUUGUUCUGACGGAUACUGACAUCUCAGGAGCAAUUCCUGAUAGCAUCGGGAGGAUGGAGAACCUGGUUGAGCUACACCUGGACAACAAUAGCCUGUCGGGGCCGGUACCGUCAUCGGUGGGGAAUCUCACCAAGCUCAUGAAGCUAUCGGCGAGCGGCAACAGCCUGGGAGGAUCAAUCCCGAGGAAUCUCGGAAAGCUCACCGACCUCACCAGCCUUGAUCUUUCAAGCAACCACCUGAACGGCUCGAUCCCUGAAGAAACAUUCCAGCUGCAGUCUCUUUCGCUGCUCCUGGACUUGUCACACAACUCCCUCUCCGGACCACUCCCUCCCAACGUCGGAAGGCUGGCCAACCUCAACACGCUGAGACUGUCAGGAAACCAGCUGUCCGGCCAGCUACCGGCAGGCAUCAGAGACUGCGUGGUUCUGGAGGAGCUCCUGCUGGACAGCAACUCGUUCCAGGGAAGCAUACCUGAGGCUCUAGGCGACAUCAAGGGCCUCCGCGUGCUGAACCUGACCAUGAACGGGUUCUCCGGUGCGAUCCCCGACGCCCUUGGUAGCAUACGCAGCAUGCAGCAGCUGUACGUAGCGCGCAACAGCCUCUCCGGGCCGAUCCCAGCCGACCUGCAGAACCUGACGUCGCUGUCCGAUCUGGAUCUGUCCUUCAACGACCUGCAAGGCGAGGUGCCCGACCGAGGCUUCUUCAGAAACCUGCCUCGCUCAUCGGUUGCCGGAAACGAAAACCUCUGUGGCGGAAUGCCUCGGCUUCGCCUGCAUCCGUGCCCCACGUCCGCUUCGGGGAAGAACAGUCGGAGCAAGAGGUGGCCGCCGCUGAAGCAUGUUGAAAUGGCUCUGGCGACAGUGGGCGCAGUCGUGUUCUUGGCAUCAUUAUUAGCCGCAGCUACUCAGCUCGUCGUCUGUAGGAGCCGUAAACAAAGGCGGCAGCAGACGAAGAGGCAGCCCCUAGGAGCCCCAGCAGCGACCGGAGAGCGGUACGAGAGGGUCUCUUACAAGGAGCUGUCGGAGGGGACGAAGGGGUUUUCAGACGCCAACCUGCUCGGAAGAGGAAGCUACGGCACAGUCUACAGGUGCGUUCUCAGCCGUCUCACCGACGAUGGCGGAAGAACCGUAGCCGCCUCCGCCGCCGCCGUCGCCGUGAAGGUGUUCGACCUCGAGCGGUCCGGAUCCACGCGAAGCUUCGUGGCCGAAUGCGAGGCGCUCCGGAGCGCGCGCCACCGCUGCCUCGUAAGGACCAUCACGUGCUGCUCGAGCGUGGACCGCCAGGGGCAGGAGUUCAAGGCCCUGGUGUUCGAGCUCAUGCCCAACGGCAACCUGAGCCGCUGGCUCCAUCCGAGCCCGAACGAGGCCGACCCCGAGAGCACGCUGAGCCUGAUCCAGAGGCUCGAUAUCGCCGUGGACGUCGUGGAUGCUCUGGACUACCUCCACAACCACUGUCGGCCGCCGAUCGUUCACUGCGACCUCAAGCCCAGCAACGUCCUCCUCGCCCAGGACAUGAGCGCUCGGGUCGGAGAUUUCGGCCUUUCCAGGAUCCUGUCUGACUCUGACAGCGCGUGCAGGGCCAAAGCCGCCGAUCCGAACUCGAGCAGCGUCAUUGGGAUCAGAGGCUCCGUUGGCUACGUCCCUCCAGAGUACGGGGAAGGCAGCGGCGUCUCCACCCUCGGCGACGUUUACAGCCUAGGCAUACUGCUGCUGGAGAUGUUCACAGGACGGAGCCCCACGGACGACGCGUUCGGAGACUCGCUGGACCUCCGCGGGUUUUCAGAGGCCGGGUUUCCUGGCAGGAUACUGGAAAUAGCGGACCCGAACCUAUGGGCACACCUCCCUGACACUGUCACAAGAAACAGGGUCCGGGAGUGUUUGCUUGCGGUCAUUCGGCUCGCCCUGUCCUGCUCAAAGCGCCAGCCCAAGGACCGAACGCCCGUACGGGAUGCGGCCACGGAGAUGCGCGCGAUCAGAGACGAGGCGUACCUGAUGAUGCUUGCCGGCUCUGUGGUGGUCCGAAUGGAAGGGGAAGUAGUGGGAGGAGCAGUGGCCCCAUCAUUGACGUCCCAAAGCUAGAAAUAAAAUCCUUGGUUCAGUGCCGUUAUUAUGACACCGAGAAGAAUGGUCUUAGUUUUAGCCUAGAAAGAUUUCGGUUGGGGCCAAAUCCCAGCAAGGGUCCAUCAAAACCAGCACGCUGGGCCGAAGCAGGGCCUGGCUGCACAAACCGUGAUAGAAAUUUCAAACUGUACUGCUGUUGAUUAGCGCA